ACCCUUGGAGGAAAAAAAACGCACGCUAGAUGUGUGGGACAUAAUGGUGGAUAGGUAGGGAACACACUUUAGCUCGCAGGAGCAGCUCAUCAACUGUUGAACAAUUGUAGUUGUCGUCUUUGACUCUCAGGUACUUGUGACUUCAUACUAGCCCGCUGGCUCAACCUGAACGACGCCCUGGACCACAACAAAAUGCCGAAUAUCAAAAUCUUUAGCGGUAGUUCACAUCCGGACCUGUCUCAAAAAAUAGCAGACCGCCUGGGUCUUGAGCUUGGGAAGGUUGUUACGAAGAAAUUUAGCAACCAAGAAACAUGCGUGGAGAUCGGAGAGAGCGUACGUGGGGAAGAUGUCUACAUCGUACAGAGUGGCUGUGGGGAGAUCAAUGACAAUUUGAUGGAGCUGCUGAUCAUGAUCAACGCCUGCAAGAUUGCCUCUGCCUCCAGGGUCACGGCUGUCAUCCCCUGCUUCCCAUAUGCCCGUCAAGACAAGAAGGACAAGGUGGGGAGCCGUGCUCCUAUCUCUGCCAAGCUGGUGGCCAACAUGUUGUCCGUCUCAGGCGCUGACCACAUCAUCACCAUGGAUUUGCAUGCCUCACAGAUACAGGGUUUCUUUGAUAUCCCUGUUGAUAACUUGUAUGCAGAGCCAGCUGUGCUAAAGUGGAUUAAAGAGAACAUCCCUGAAUGGAAAAACUGUACCAUCGUCUCACCCGAUGCAGGAGGAGCCAAGAGGGUCACCUCGAUAGCGGACAGGUUGAAUGUGGACUUUGCUCUCAUCCACAAAGAGAGGAAAAAGGCAAACGAGGUGGAUCGCAUGGUUCUCGUCGGAGAUGUGACAGAUCGGGUUGCAAUUCUAGUUGAUGACAUGGCUGACACAUGUGGCACAAUCUGCCAUGCGGCUGACAAACUUAUUUCUGCUGGUGCAACCAAGGUGUAUGCCAUCCUAACCCAUGGCAUCUUUUCUGGCCCAGCUAUCUCGCGUAUCAACAAUGCAUGCUUUGAAGCUGUGGUGGUCACAAAUACAAUCCCUCAGGAGGAGAAGAUGAAGCAUUGUCCUAAAAUACAGGUCAUAGACAUCUCCAUGAUCCUUGCAGAGGCCAUUCGUAGAACUCACAAUGGCGAGUCUGUGUCAUACCUGUUCAGCCACGUCCCCUUGUAACAAAUAGUGUCAGCCAUCCACCACCUGCUGUUACACCAAAUAAGAGAAGAGGGAUUUCCCCACCAAAAAACACAACCAUAAGCAAAGAUGUCCUGCUAACUAAUCAUUAAAAAUGAAUGAACUGUCAUGUCUGUUACUAAUGCUGACCCCACUCAUGUGAGCCCUCUCCCCCUUUGAGUAGUGUCCUUCAUGUCCAGGGCACCAAAGCAACCGCAAGCUACCUAUGUAGGCCAGCAUAUUUAUUGUACUUGGAUAAAUAAGUGAUUAUCCAUUGUGAACUUUGUCUCCCCUUACACCAAAUGUUUAAUCAGAGUUUCUCCUGACCAUCUUCACUCUUCAGGAGUCAUUUCAAUCUGUUGCCUAUAGAGCUUAUGUGAAUUUGUCCAUGUCAGGAGUGGUCAGGAGAAGCCUCUGCCAUUUAAAGCUGUUACAGUGAUUUUGUUACAAUAAACGGGUGUAGUUUUUCCAUGUUGCUCUUGUAUAUCCUGCUGUUCGAGAGAUUAUAAUUAAUGAAGUGAAUGUGUUUUGAACUAGUUUACAGUGCCACUGAAGCUCCACUCAACCAAGAGUGCCUCAACAGUCUGAAAUGGAAUAGCUUGUUCCUCCACUCCUAAUCCCCCGCCCCCCCCUCCUGUGUAGAGGUGUUAUUUUCUCCAUAAAUGAAGAGCUUUGAUGUGUCUUAUCAGGCUGUAGAAAAUGUUUUUUGUUCUUCCUUUCAACUCUUGAGGUGCCCUCAUUGAGUGGGGCCUGCCCAGUGUCCAGGGUUCACCCUGUAAGGUUCUCUGCUGAAGGAUUGUUUAUGGAGAAGAUGCUGGGUUUUUAGUUUGGGGUCUCUGCAGGCUGGAGCUUCCUUCAGAAAUGUUCACCUGCUUUUUUUUUGUGUGUGUCUAUUAAUGUCUUGAAAGAAGGAUUUGUCAUCAGUGUGCAUAUUUUGAGCCUUCAUGUUUACGUUUUCAGUAGAGUGAAUGCGCCAAUCAUCUGAGGAUGCGUUCUUAACAAAAUUAAACAUGAGUAAAAUCUUCA